AUGGACGGUCGUGUACACAAUGAUUCGUCCGCCUCAUCUUCAUCGCGCCCGCUGAACAAUGGCAACAACAGCGACCCCACCGACCGCGACGAACUGGACUUUUGGAGCGAUGACGAAGACGUUGCCGACGUCCUGAUCGAAGACCCGAUCCACGACGACCUCGAAGAACCCUUGUCCUUUAAGCGCAAACAGAAGCAAGCUGUUUCAUCGGCAUCAGGACGCUUCCUAUCUGCCUUCACCGGCUCGCGACCAGGCACAGCCUCCCCUCACUCUUCGCCGCGAGCUCGAACGCCGACCCAAGACCCCAACCGAUCGCCUCGGAGAGCAGACGUGCACGGUACUGCAAAUCAAAGCACAAAAGAUGGCGCGCCAUUGGAUUGGUAUGCCGAGGGGCCCGGCAGGAGAGUGCGAUAUGAGGAUUUGACGGCCAUCGACUGGAUCUUUGAAUACACAAAGGAGCGUCAACGUCUGCGCGUCCUCCACUCGAGCGCGCACGGCCUGCUCGGGUUGCUCAAACAACUGCUGGAUGCCAGCGAGAUCUGGGUCAUUCUGAUACUAACUGGCAUGGCCGUUGGAACUGUUGCCGCUGGCAUCGACAUCACGACAGACUGGCUUGGUGACCUGAAGACAGGCUACUGCGCGAGCGGCCCGGAAGGCGGCGCGUUCUAUUUAAACAAGAAUUUCUGCUGCUGGGGCUACCACGAGAUUUCCAAGUGCUCUGGCUGGACACCCUGGGCCCAGGCCUUAGGAAUUUCGUCGGCUGUGGGUAAAUGGUUCAUAGAGUACUUUUUCUUCCUCAUUUUUUCGGUUUGUCUGGCAUCAGCAGCAGCGGUUUUAGUUAAGGAGUAUGCGAUAUAUGCCAAGCAUAGCGGUAUACCCGAGAUCAAGACGGUGCUAGGUGGCUUCGUCAUCCGCAGGUUUCUUGGCAGCUGGACUCUGAUCACAAAGUCGCUGGGUCUGUGCCUUGCUGUUGGAUCUGGCAUGUGGCUGGGCAAAGAGGGACCUCUGGUACACGUUGCGUGCUGCUGUGCCAAUCUAUUUAUCAAGCUCUUCUCGAACAUCAAUGACAACGAGGCCCGGAAGAGAGAGGUGUUGUCUGCGGCAGCCGCCUCCGGUAUCUCUGUUGCCUUUGGAUCUCCAAUCGGAGGUGUCUUGUUCAGUCUCGAACAACUUUCUUACUAUUUCCCCGACAAAACCAUGUGGCAAAGUUUCGUCUGUGCCAUGACGGCAGCCGUGGUUCUCCAGGCGUUUGACCCCUUCCGAACCGGUCAGCUUGUUAUGUAUCAAGUCAAGUUCAGCACCAGCUGGCAUGGCUUCGAGCUAAUCCCCUUCAUCCUGCUCGGCAUUCUGGGUGGAAUCUACGGCGGGCUCUUCAUCAAAGCCAACAUGGCCGUAGCUCGAUGGAAGAAGAACACGCCGUGGCUACCAGGACCGAUCACUCAGGUCGCAGCAAUUGCCCUUCUCACGGCACUCAUCAACUACCCGAACCAUUAUAUGAAGUUUCAAACUUCAGAGCUUGUGUCGAACUUGUUCGUCGAAUGCUCCAAGUAUGUCGACGACGAGAUCGGUCUCUGUAAGACAGGGGCUGCAUCGACACCGACCAUUGUGCUUUUGAUUUUCGGGGCUAUUCUCGGGUUCUUCUUGGCCACCGUUACCUUUGGCCUUCAGCUGCCCGCAGGAAUUAUUCUGCCUUCGAUGGCCAUCGGUGCACUCACUGGCCGGGCGGUGGGUAUCAUCAUGGAGAUUUGGGUCACAAACCACCCUGCGUUUUUCGCAUUUGCUGCCUGCGAACCGGACGUCCCAUGUGUGACUCCUGGGACGUAUGCUAUCAUUGGGGCAGCGGCUACUCUCGCCGGAGUCACUCGCAUGACGGUUUCGAUCGUGGUUAUCAUGUUCGAGCUGACCGGAGCCUUAACAUACGUUCUUCCCAUCAUGAUUGCCGUCAUGAUCUCGAAAUGGGUAGGGGACGCGUUUUCACGCAAGGGCAUUUACGAGGCCUGGAUUCACUUCAAUAAGUACCCGUUCCUGGACAAUAGCGAGGAAAUGGUCAUACCAGACAUCCCCGCCUCCCAGAUUAUGACUCGUAUCGAGGAUCUGGUCGUGCUUACAGCUACGGGCCACACUAUUGGCAGUCUCCAGAACAUUCUCAACACGCACCCUUACCGGGGCUUUCCCGUUAUUUCGGACCCGCGCGAAGCUCUGCUGCUGGGCUACAUAUCACGAGCAGAGCUCAGCUACAACUUGCAGAUGUGCUCUCAGCCACCGAGGUCGCUUCCGCCGGAGACGGAAGCUUUCUUCUCUCAUCAGCCCCUUGCGGACCCGCGUACCACGCUCGACCUCCGGCCGUGGAUGGACCAGACGCCCAUCACCAUGGCGUCACGCUCCAAUUUGCACUUGGCUGUGAAUUACUUCCAGAAGCUCGGCCUGCGGUACGUUCUAUUUAGCGACCGCGGUGCCCUGCAGGGUCUCUUGACGAAGAAGGAUGUUUGGUACGUGCUCAACGGGGCGGACGAGACGCGUCAGAGCAGCGGGCUGUCGAGAGAUAUGGGCGUCGAGACCGGCCUCACUAGAGAAGACGCUGGCGGCGAACAGAGAGGCCUGCUAAGGGGCGACGGUCACGAGGAGAGGAUCAGUCCAGCAAACGACCAGGAACCGAUAUUAUAA